AUGAAAACAUUAUUCAUUAUUUUCGUUAUCAUGUUCCCAGUCGCGAUGAUAACAGAGGAAGAUGUAAAUCAUGGAGGUAAUAACUACCACAAAAAUUUAAUUGCGCACCUGCGGAUUGUCGCCAUUUUAUUUCAACAUCCUGUCUUGCUUCAUGUACAGAAAGCCGCUUAAAAUUUUCAUUUUUACACGUUCCCUAAAACAUCAUUCGCAGGAUUCAUUCACCAUAAUUUUUACAUCGUCCAUAAGAUUUGCAUGAGAAUUGUUUUCAAUUUUUCCUGUAAGUAAGCGGUCAUCAUAAGAGAAAUUGAAGACAAUAACGUAUGCACGAUUCUUGGGGGUGAACAAGGUAUUUUACUCCCUCUGGUGUUGGCCCCUGUCAUUGUCCAGUCAUUUGACUUUAACUAUGCUCUCUAUAAGGCGGAAACCUCUCUAAGAAGGACAAGGGACACUUUCAAAACCGUUAACGGUCCCUUGAGAAAUGCUUUAGGUAAUGAAAAAUACCGCAAAACGGAAAUGCAGGUGCACUACAUGACAAGUAAUUGCAAUUAGGAUAAGCAAAUUACAUACUCAUCCAAAUACAGUACGCGUCUUCUUACAGCUCGUAUCUUCUAAACACCUCAUGGAGAACCUCUUAACCUGUGAAACAGCUAUCUUCUCCGUCUUUUAGCUGAACUCUUUGAUCCUAAUGGGAACUUCAAAUGGUGAUAUCAAAAACAAACCAUUAUAACGAAUUAAUUUUCAUAAGCUUAAAUUAAGUACUUACAGUGAUGUACUGUAGAACCCCGGCAACUCGAACACUGAGGGGAAACGAAAAACAGUUCGAGUUAGCGAGUUAUCGGGGUCGAUUGAAAAAUUCAAUUUACCAUGUUGCAGUUUUUUUUUUUGGUCAAGGAAAAGGAAUUUUAGUUCGAGUUGGCGAGGAAUUCUAGUUUUCCGAGUUCGAGUUGACUGAGUGAAAAUGACUAGAAAGUGGGGUGAAAUCCAAGAGAAAUUGGACUUACUUUGAGUUAAUGAUCGAGGAGUUCGAGUUAUCGGGGUUCUACUGUAUCACUAUUUGUUUUGUUUGAGUAUAAACUGUUGUUAAAAGAAGCAAAUACUGAAUUUUUAUCACUUUGUAGCCUUGUUCCGAUUCCACCUUUCCACUACAUUGAUUCGGUUUUUUUGAUUGUUUUGCACGAGUAAAAUAUAUGUGGACUGUAUUUUUUGCGAAUGAGUUUAGCUUUAUUUUCUUGUAAUUACUGGCGUCAUCUUACUUUGACUCUCUAUUACCGGGACACCUCUCUUUAAUAGACGGAGAGUUAUUAUUAUUAUUAUUAUUAUUAUUAUUAUCACUAUUAUUUUAUCGUCAUUUUUCUAUUGUUGUUAUUAUUUAUUAUUAUUAGAUAAUAAUUUAUUUUAAUUGUUAUAUUAAUUUAUUAUUGUUUUGCACGAUUGAUAAAAUAUUGUUAGCUUACAAAUUUAAAUUUACUGUUCAUAUGUGUUGCUGGUUUGCAGUUUGUCCUGUUCCAAUGACAAAAGAGGAAGAGGAGUUUAUUAAAGAGCGGGAAAGGAACAGAGAGUUAAUGGAAGAAAUCGCCAGAGAAAUUGGAAUGACCUGCUUAGGUAAGUUAAAAAAUGAAAAAGAAAAAAAAAACCGUAAUAAUAAAAACCUCGGAUGAGAAAGUCCUUCGGCGCGAAUUGCAUGCCCUUUUGAAUAGUUGAACCCUUUGGGGCAGUUGGGAGUGUUCCAAAUGGAACAAUGUAGAGUUUGCAUUUCUAAAGCCACUUUGACUUACCCUUUUAGUUUAAGCCAUUUAGUUGAUAAGCAGCGAAUCAAGGAAGUUAUACAUACAUACACUGUAUGUCUACAGGUAGUCAUUUCGACUCCUGAAGGAGGAUCAUAAGGUUACAAGAUCGAUAUAUCUCUUUACAGAUAACCCACCCAGCCCGGGAGAGGUUGGGCACACCACGGGGUCAACGUCCCUUACUCUUACUCGUACCAGAUAAGUGAAAGUGCUGUGAGAUGGGACCACCGGGUUUUCGUCCUUAUAUCCUAGAAGUCUCAAGAAAGUCUAACCGUUUGCAGAUGUCAUUACAAAGGCAGCACUUGCUUCUCAGUAAUUUAAAGAGCCUGAGUUUUUUUCCGGUCGGGGUUUGAACCCGCGACCUCCAGCUCAGCAGACCAGCGCUCUCCUGGCUGAGUAACCUGAGAUCAGGCGUUAUUUUUUUUUUUGCUUCUUUGGUUCGAAAGGGAAAAAAAUAACGCCUGAUACAUUUAUUUAACAAGCAGUCAACCGCCCCCUAAUUUACAUAAUCUAACGUCUUCUUGACCUGCCAUGUUUUUAGCCAAUAAGCGUUUACUAUACGGGAAUCAAAUUUUGGCGCGAAUAAUUUUUUGAAAUCAAUUUUAUGGAAAAGAAAAUGUUUAAGUACGUCCAUGUUUAGAUGGUGCUUCCAAAAAAAAAAAUUAAUGUGUUGUUUUUUUGAUGAAAUACUGCUAGCUGGAGCUGCCGUACCUUAAUUUAACAGCUACAAAUAGUAAAGAGUUUACUGGUUAAAGCUCGUUGACUUCGUUCUUUGCCGAAAGCGGUGAAAAAAAAAAGUUAGGCUGAAGCACCAUAUUUCACGAACAGAAAGGUGUUGUGAAAGCGAAGAUCGCUCAAAAUAAUGCGCAGCAUGAUUUCUGAAGGAGGAAUUACAGUCAAACCAGGCCCCAGUUGUUCGAAAGGUGGAUAGCUCUAUCCACCGUAUAAAUCACUAUCCACUGGAUAGCGUAAUUGGUUUCCCUAAUAGUUAUCCACUGGAUAGAGAUUUAUCCGGUGGAUAGCGCUAUCCAGCUUUUGAACAACUGGGGCCUGGCCAAGAUUCCAUUCAUGAAUUGAUUAUUUGAAAAGUGUCGCUUCUGUAACUUGUAGCCGCUAUCAAAUUGCAUUCAAAUGAUCGGUGAAGUUUUGCCUGCAACUAUUUUAGUAUACGAUGAGAUGUUGCGUAAGUUCACUCUUAGUGAACUUAAUUACGCAACCGGACGGGAGAGGAAAGAAGAAGGCAAACCUUGUGUUACAAGCGUGAAAAUAAUUUUGUUUGAAACAACUUUUCGCCAAACUUCACUCUCCUUUAAAUGGAUUUGUUUUGUAAAGACAGUAAACGUUAAAGUUAGGUGAAUAUCACGACAAAACACGUACGUAAUAGUCUGUCACUUCUGUCAUCCACAAGCGUUUUGGCGUCUUCUUCUUCCUGCCAUCCUGUUACGUAAACUCACAAUUAUCCCGCACGGAGGUCAGUCCAAAAGCACGCCAAAUACUAAGGCCAGAAGUUCAAUUUCACUUGCAUAGCAACCACGUAGCCUAGCAACACGAUACGUCAAGGGGCCCUAAGGGAUGCAACGUUUCUUGAUUGGAGUAUUGAGACCAACGUUUUCUCAAUAGGAUUCUUGUUGAAAGUACGUCAACAAAUACAUAUUUUUCAUAGUUUAUAAUUUUUUGAACCGGGAGAUCAUGAUCUCAGUUGUUUGAGCUCAAACAUUGUUGCAAAUAUAAAUAAUCAAAACAACUGUCAAGCUGGCUUAAAGUGUGAAAACUAACUUUACAGGUAAAGGAAGAAAGAAAUUCUUAUAAGUAACUUCUACUUGUUGAUUUGUAGACGAGUGUGAAACAGGACUACAUAACUGCCACGAUGAUGCAUACUGCACCAACACCAAGCGUUCCUUCACGUGUACUUGCAAACCAGGAUAUUCUGGGGAUGGUGUCAACUGUGCAGGUAACAAACUUACAUACGCAGCGUGAACUUACAGGAUCUAAACUUUAGAUGUAUCCCGUCGCAGCAGAAAUAAGAAAUAAGCCAAUAAGAAAGCUGCAAACUGGUUUCGUGUUUAUCUCAGCGACAUGUUGUUAUAAGUAGCAUGAAACAAAAUAAACAAAAUAAGUGCUCCUUGCCAUUGAAUUUGUUUUGGAAAAAUUAAUUCAAGCGUAGAACAUUUCAGGGUUACCGUUCGAAUGUAUUGCACUACUAUCCCUCAUUCGUUAGGAAUAAAAAUCGAACUUGGUCAGUCUGAUAAUUUAGCCUUAUUCAUUUCCAGAAGUAGACGAGUGUAAUACAGAAAAACACCAAUGUGAUGAAGCUAUUUCAGUGUGCGUUAACACUAAAGGAUCCUUCGCGUGUCACUGUCACAAAGGGUAUAUUAAAAGUGGACAACAUAAAUGUACAGGUAACUCCCACUUUAAGAUCUCUUAAUUGAAAACUAAAUCAGUUUUUUGAUUCAGUGCCUGACUUUUGAAUUGCAGAUGAAAAUGAGUGUGAAGCAGGAAAGCACAACUGUCAUGCUAACGCUAUUUGCAAAAACACUAAAGGAUCCUUUGAGUGCACCUGCAAGCCAGGGUAUUCUGGGGAUGGAGUCAACUGCACAGGUGAAAACAAUACCUCGGUCUUCUUUAUAAUGAAUUUUUUUCUAAUCAACUCCAUUUAUCUCGCCUUAAAGCCAAGUUCAGCCACAAGGUAG